AUGUCAGUUUAUGACUUUAUGAGUAAAAACUAAAAAUGUGUUUAUAUAUACUCUUUGCUAAAAAUUAGAAAAAUAAACAGUAAUUUUAAUAAAUACUAAAACUAAAGUAUCUACUACUAUCUUACAUAAACUUGAUUAUUUUUAAGUAGUACUAAUAACUCAUCAAUACCAAACCAUCUCUUGAUAACAAACAAUAUAAUAUCAUAAAUCAUAAUGGUUAUGAAACGCGGCGCUUUGGUAGUUAUCGAAGGUGUGGACAGGACCGGCAAGACUACACAAUGCAAGAAGCUGGUUGAAAGUCUUCGUAGUAAAGAAAUACCAGCUGAGUACACAAACUUCCCGAAUAGGACUUCAGAAAUUGGAAAAGUGAUCAACAGUUAUCUGACAUCAAAAAAAGAAUUACCAGAUGAAGCUAUUCACUUGCUGUUCUCAGCCAACCGUUGGGAGAAAGCUAACCAUUUAAUCAAAUUGCUGGAAAGUGGCACCACAGUUAUCGUGGAUAGAUAUUGCUUUUCAGGUGUUGCCUUUUCUGCUGCAAAAGGGCUAGAUGUGAAUUGGUGCAAAGCCCCAGACGCAGGUCUGCCCAAACCAGACAAAGUAUUCUUCCUUAAUAUGUCACUAGAGAAUGCUCAGAAAAGAAAUGGAUUUGGGAAUGAAAGGUAUGAAGUUCUGGAUUUUCAAAAAAAAGUAGUGGAUGCAUAUAUGCAACUGAAAGAAGAGAACUGGGAACUAUUAGAUGCCAGCAGGUCAAUGGAAACGAUUCAAGAUGAGUUGCUACACAAAACAACUUCUAUCAUAGAAAACGUUGGAAACAAACCAAUUGAAAAAAUUUGGAUAUAAUAAUAAUUAUAAGACACUAGUUAAUUUAAGAAAUUAAAAAUAAAUGUGUGAAUAAACUGUGAUAGGCUUAAAUAAUAUAAAUUAUGA